UGGACUUUGACAACAGCAACCAAGAUGUCGACGUCAGGCUCGGUGGCCGUGUUGUUAUUGAGCAUUGUACUUGCAUGUCAAGCUAGGGUGGAUGCAGACAUCCCCCGACAAGCUGAUGUGGAGGACCCAGCAAAGGAGAUGUCUCCCCAGCACUACGUCACGGUUUCCGCCCCCGCUGGCACCAUCACAAGCCCAGGCUACCCCGGCAAAUACCCCCCGAACCUCUCCAGCGUUCUCUUGUCCAUCGGCGUUCCCUACGACGAGACCGAGGGCUACGUGAGCCUCCACUUCACCUGGUUCGACAUUCAGAUGUGCCCCUUCUGCAACUGUGACUACCUCUAUGUCGACUCUCUGAAGACGUCGCUGUGCGGAGACAGCCUCCCACCAAGUUACGUCAACAACACCAUUAUCAUUGCAAGGAGCGAGAUCAGGAACAAUCUCAUCACGCUCAGUUUCCGGUCAGAUUCCCGCGAGGAGCACUCAGGCUUCGUCAUCAACUAUGAACUGCACGUGCACAGACCUGGACACGCCCAGACCACGCCCUUCACCACGUCUGUGUGUCCAGCGAUAACCUGUCCCACUUGUCCAGCUGGAGAGGUCCCUAAGACGACCUACACAUCACCUUGUCCGAAGUGUGUGUGCACCGCGGAGACACCUUCCACCAAACUCCCAUCCUCCAGGUGCCCCGUUCUCACCUGCCCCAGGUGCCCCCCGGGGCAAACCCCUGAAAGACACUACACAUUACCGUGUUCGACGUGUGUGUGCACCGCGGUGACACCUUCCACCCAACUCCCGCCCUCCAAGUGCCCCGUGCUCACCUGCCCCACGUGCCCCCAGGGGCAGACCUCUCAAAUACGCUACACAUUACCGUGUUCGACGUGUGUGUGCACCGCGGUGACACCUUCCACCCAACUCCCGCCCUCCAAGUGCCCCGUGCUCACCUGCCCCACGUGCCCCCAGGGGCAGACCUCUCAAAUACGCUACACAUCACCGUGUUCGACGUGUGUGUGCACCGCGGUGACACCAUCAACCAAACUCCCGCCCUCCAGGUGCCCCGUUCUCACCUGUCCCAGGUGCCCCCCGGGGCAAACCCCUGAAAGACGCUACACAUUACCGUGUUCGACGUGUGUGUGCACCGCGGUGACACCUUCCACCAAACUCCCGCCCUCCAAGUGCCCCGUGCUCACCUGCCCCACGUGCCCCCAGGGGCAGACCUCUGAAAUACGCUACACAUCACCGUGUUCGACGUGUGUGUGCACCGCGGUGACACCUUCCACCAAACUCCCGCCCUCCAAGUGCCCCGUGCUCACCUGCCCCACGUGCCCCCCGGGGCAGACCUCUGAAAUACGCUACACAUCUCCGUGUUCGACGUGCGUGUGCACCGCGGUGACACCUUUCACCAAACUCCCGCCCUCCAAGUGCCCAGUGGUCAUCUGCCCCGCGUGUCCUCCGUGGCUCAAAGCUGAAAGACAGUACGACAAGGCGUGUCCCAGGUGUACCUGCGUCCGUUACUACACCUCCUCCACUCCCCCACAGAGAAAAACUACAACAGCAGCGGGACGACCACCCAUGAUGCUGCUACAGAUGCUGCAGAAUGUCGCACACCGUGCAGAAACUCUGGAGUACGCAGCACGUGAUAUGAAGGAGGAGAUGAGGAUCGCCAUCAAUCUCUUGUUACAAUCUCAGAUUCAAAAUGAUACCCCGAAACUCCCAGACAGUGUGGAGGGCGUCAAGCUCCCGGCAGUGUAGUUCUUCAAUCGACCUUCAACUCGUGACCUUGUGCGUUGAGACUGUGCAGCGGCAACAGACGACACCCAGUCUCAUUUCAGACUCCUAUUUGUACCAGCGUCAUAUGAACAAUAGUGCCAAAGUCUUUAUGUCCUAUUUGUUUUAUUGUGUGUGCUUAACUGAUGGUUUUCUAAUGAAACGCUUCAUAGUAGAUAUGUGAUAUCCAGAUUAUUGGUAUUAUGUUUUCUAAAUUUAUUUGUCAUGGGAAAUUCGGUACUGUGAACGGUCUUGUGACUUAGCUAACUACUUAACAUUGGAAACAGAAAUUUGGAACACCAUACCAAUGAUGUAAAAUCUGCACCCAGAAUUACUAUCUGAUUCUCGGAUUGGUCCCCAUUAUCCCAUGCUCUCUGAUUAAAUGAAAAUACUCAGGUUGUCUAGGUCAGCUCUUCCAGUGAAUAAAUUGUUUGACCACAAACAUCAA